CAAUAUCCAUGGCCACCAUCUUUAACAGCGGUCUCCCCUUCCCGAGGAAUCCUUCUAUGGAGAGAUGUGGAGUGAGCUUUACAGGUAUUGGCGAUGGUUGUGUCGUGAGCAUGGAACUUGACAACGGCACUGCCGCCAAGCUCAUGCUCCCAACUGGUUUGGUCACUUCAUUCAAGCCUCAGAUGUGGCACGGCGCCACAAUGGAGCUGCUGCACACCUCCGUCUCUCAGACCCAAGAUGCCGUUGUGCCUCUCAUUCGAGGAGGCUUCUCGUUAGGCCUCGCCUGUCAGAAUGAUGAUGGGUUUUCAUGGUCUCCACAUGCCUGGGAACUUCAUCAAGUUACUGGAACUCCCCAAGAAUCAAUUCAGGUGGAGUUGAGGAGCACAAGUGAGCAAGGCGAUGUUGGAAUAAAGCAUGUCAUAACUCUUGAAAAGGAUAGCUUCAACUCACAGAUUCUGGUCUCCAACUCAACCACUUCAUCUAUCCGGCUAGCCGGAUCAGCCGUAUGCCAUCUGGCAGUGAGCACACCCGAUGCAACUUACGCACUAGGACUACAAGGCUCCGAUUACUUUGUCAGCCCACCAUUUCAUGGAAAUUUCAGCAUUAUCCCUCCCAGGACUACUGACCAGUAUCCUAAUAAGUUGUGGCCAUUCAACAAACUAUUUCCCAAACGGGAGGAUGAUGACAUCAACGGGCAAGUGGAGUCGGGUGAAGAAGAAGAUGACUACAAGCACUUGACCGAAACAUUAAGCAGGAUUUAUACAAGCGCCCCUCGGAGUUUGACCAUCAUGGACCGUGGAAGGAGAAAUUCAGUGACGGUGAGAAGACAAGGGUUUAAAGAACUGUACAUAAUGAGCCCUGGAUCAGAACAUGAGUGGUAUAGCAAGUACUCAUACAUCUGCAUCGGCCAUGCCGCGCAGCUUGAACCAGUAAUCAUAGAUGCUCAAAGCGAAUGGAGUGGAGGGGUGCAAUUGUUCAAUCCUAAUUACUAAAUUGGGAUUUUAGUGCUAUUUCACAUUUUUGUAUGAUGAUAUAAUCCAAACAUCCAAGUCACUAUACAGUUUCGUAGAAACUGUCAAUUAUUCAUCAAGCAUAUUCCAGUUGAUACAUAAACAUUUGGCUCACUUACAUUCUCAAGUGAGUUUCUGAAUCAGAUUUCUACAGUUUUGAAA